AACCUUUGACCUUUCUGUCCCUUGCAGAUCACUGACAUGGCCCACAACCAAACCAUCCCCCUCACAAAACCCUCCUCGUCCCUUUCUCUGUUCUCCUCCUCCACGCCCCCCAUCCUGUUCCUGUCCGCCUCCAACCACAUCCUGAACACCACCAUGUCUGUUUUUGCGGCGAACCAAAGCAUUGUGGGUAAUACCACCUCCACAACAGUAGGGGCGCUCAUUUUGGGUCUGGUGUUUCUCCUUGGCGUCCCCGGCAACCUUUUCAUCAUCUGGAGUAUCCUGGCCCGCGCCCGCCGCCGAUCUGUCACCACCCUCCUCAUCCUCAAUCUGGCAGCGGCCGACGGCUCGCUCAUGGCGCUCACGCCGUUCUUCGUCGUGUACCUUGUGAAGAGCUGGAUUUUUGGCAACAUCAUGUGCAAGGUAGGGGCUCUUCUUUUUGUUGAUUGCUGCAUUCCAGGCUGACUACACUGUAGACAUCUGCCAGAUCUCACAACGCCUGUAUAGGUGUUUAACAUAUCUGCUAACCACACCAUAUGAUAUAGCAAUCUGAUGCCCGACUGCGCAGUCCAUGAUGUAGCAUGCAACCAUUGGUUGAUGCAAUGCAAUGACUGCAAUGUAGUCGGCCUGGAACGCAACCAAUAUGUAAAUGUUGAAAUGAUGUAAUUUUCUGUCCAGGUGUUUGAAAACACCAUUGACACUUGACAUGCAGUUAGUACUUUUUCAUUGAAUCCUUAUCCUUUUGAAAUGACAAGAAGAAGCUGCUUUCUUUUUGUCUGUAUCAGAUACUCUUCUACCUGUGCCUGGCCAACAUGUACGCCUCCAUCCAGCUGAUCAUGCUGAUGAGCCUGCACAGGCUGGUGGCCGUGGUGUGGCCGCGGCGCGUUGCUGCCCUCGCUGGUCGGAAGGCGGUACUGCGGGGUGUGCUGGUAUUGUGGAUCCUGGUGCUAGUUGCGUCCAUCCCCGUGUUGCUGUUCAGGGGCCAACUGAUGGCCACGUACCCCAACGGGAGGAGCCGUAUGGUGUGUGAGUCAUUACACAAGCAGCAGAGUCAAGUGAGUGACUUACUUCCUUAUUUACUGACUGACUGACUGACUGACUGAAUUACUGACUGACUCACUGACUGAAUUACUGACUGACUCACUGACUGAAUUACUGACUGACUCACUGACUGAAUUACUGACUGAUUGACUAACCGACUGAUUGACUGACUGACUGAUUGACUAACCGACUGAUUGACUGACUGAAUCCUUACUUAGUUUGCUAAUUAUCUUCAUUCCUGGAGUGAGUGACAGGGGAGGGGUAAAGAGCAACAAAUCAAACCAUCAAUCAGGUGGUGGAAAAAAAAGUACAGACUUUUCAUGACAGCUUUCUAUCACCAUAGUUUAUUCACAUUCUUAUCGGUAGUCAGAUCAUCCAUAAAAACAUUUUAUUUUGAUUGACUGACUGAAUUACUUACUGGCUGACUGAUUGACUGACUGAAUUACUGACUGACUGACUGAUUUACUGAAUUACUUAUUGACUGACUGAAUUACUGACUGACUGACUGACUGAAUCAUUGACUGACUGACACUGAUUGUCUGACUGAAUUACUUACUGACUGAUUGACUGACUGACUGAUUGACGACUGGCUGAUUGACUGAAUUACUGACUGGCUGAUUGGCUGACUGACUAACUAAUUGACUGACUGACUGACUGUUUGACUGACUCACUGACUGAAUUACUGACUGACUGACUGACAGAUUGACUGACUGACUGAUUGACUAACCGAAUGAUUGACUGAUUGACUGACUGAAUUACUUACUUACUUUACUAAUUAUCUUUAUUCCUGGAGUGAGUGACAGGGGAGGGGUAAAAAGCAACCAAUCAAACCAUGAAUGUAUAUCAGGUAACAGAAGAAAAACAUACUGACUUUUCAUGACAGCUUUCUAUCACCGUAGUUACCUGUUUAUUCACAUUCUUAUCGGUAGUCAGAUCAUCCAUAAAAACAUUUAAAGGUAUGGAGUUUACAGUACAUUGAUUUUGUGUAUAUAGUGUCAUUGACGCUAACCAAUCAAGCUGUCAAUCAAGGUGUUCUCUAUGCUGAUACUGUACACGCCCUGUUCCCUCAGCGCAGGUGGUGGUCCAGUACACGUUGGAGACGGUGCUGGGAUUUGUAGUUCCUUACGGGGUGAUUGUAGGCAGCUACAUCUGCAUCCUGCGGAGGAUCAGACAGACCAGGUCCACUGUUGUUUUACUAUCUUCAUUUUAUUUCUGUCUUCAUUUCAUAUCUGUAUUGUUUUGAUCUUUCUCACUUUGUAUCAUUAGUGGUUCAAGCCAGCGAAGUGAAACCCUAUUGUAUUGGUUGGCGUUCAUUAUUAUUAUUCGGGUUCUUCCAUACAUUUUGUGAAAAAAUCUAAAUUCCUGUUUGAUGGUAAGGCCCAGGAGGGUGCAACUUUGCAUGAUGGUAAAGGGCCCAGGGCCACACGCGCUCAUGCAAUGCCAGUUGGCCACAUGGUGGUGCUAAAACAAGCGAUUGAAAAUGCAAACUUUUGAAAUUCUGUUCAUUUGCCUCAAGGACCAUUAAGGUCUGCCAUGUUUGAUUUUCCACUAUUUGGUAUUUUUUGAAAAACACUUAAAACUCUACUCCUAUGGCACUGAAUGACCAAUCUGCACGAAACUUGAUAUAUGGCCUCUAUGGACCAAGCUCGCACAAAUGAUAUUUUUUCCAGCAUCUCAAAAAACAUGGCCCCUGCUGACCAAUAAACAUUCACAUGGACAUAGUCUGGAACGUAAAUGUAUAUAACUCCUAUAUGGCUAUUCAUGUUGUAUCAAAACUUGGUGCACAUGUUAUAAACAAUGUCAAGACUCAACCUAUCUAAGCACAUUCAGAUAGACCACACGGUGGCGCUAUAACGGGCACAUGUUUAUAUUUCUUGAUCUGUUGGACUCAGAGUGAUACAAUUUGGGCCACAUGCUCAGGGAUACAAGUCAAGCUAACCUGUAGAGGAUGGUUCAGUUUGGCCGCAUGGUGGUGCUGUUGGUCAGGAAAAAUAUUUUAUUCAAGCUCAUAGCGGCCAUAUUGUUUGAGCAAGAGUCUUGGAAAACAUCAACAUUAUAAAAAAUAGUCCAAAAUACAUUUUUGGCGUAUUGCAUGAUCUGUUUUAUUUUGAGUUCUGAUAAUUGGCAAGUGUGGUAAGGAGUACAGAAGUACCUCAACCUAGGUCGAUGUGUCCAAUUUGUCCUGAUGGUGGCAAAGUGGGCCCACAGCUUGAAUCCCGGCAUUGCUGAUUGCAGCUAUAUUUUUAUUUAUGUUUGUUAAGCACUUUGAACUGCAUUUUAUGUAAGAAAUGUGCUGUAUAAAUAAAGUUUUAUUUUAUUUGACCAGGUUCAGGAGAAGGAUCCACAGUGAGAAACUCAUCCUAACCAUCGUGGUCACCUUUGGAAUCUUCUGGCUGCCCUACCAUGUCAUCAAUAUUGUGCAGGUGGGGUGUGUGUAUGUGUGUGUUGUGUGUGUGUGCAUGCGCGCACGUGUGUGACUGUGUGCUUGCGUGUGUAUGUCUUUCUCUGUGUGUGUGUGUGUGUGUGUGUGUGUGUCUGAGUUAUAGCCAGGGCCUCACACUCCUUAGCGGGGCUAAAACAGCAGGUGCUGCUGUAACUGGCCUGUCUGUUAUGAUGAAAUCUGUUCUCAUAGAUUAAAUACGUCCUUACAGGUUGCUGCAGCACUUUCUCCGAACGAUUCAGCUAUAAAAGCAAGGUAGGCUUACUGAAAGGUUUUCUUAAAUGACUGUUUCAUAAGAUCCUCACCUCACUACAUUUAUCAUUUGUAGUGUCAUAAUAUCCUUUACUUAAUUGUAUUGUUAUCCCUAACUAAAUGUUCAUAAAAACAAUGAACAACCAUUUUUUUCUGUUUUCAUAUCCACCCUCCAGACUGGACCUUAUCUGGAAGUCCAGCCGUGUGGUCACAUCGACACUUGCAUUCAUCAGCAGCUGUGCCAAUCCAGUCCUCUAUACCUUCGCCGGCAAGUCCUACAUCCGGCGGGAAGGCUUUGCCUUCAUGGCCCGUCUGUUCGAGGGCACUGCGCUGGACUCCGGGACCAGGAAGAACCGACAGAACAGCCAGAACAGCCGAGAGAGAGACAGGGACACAGAGGGGGUCGGGCUGAAGGAAAAGGAGCUAGAAUCCACGACCAGCGCCAGCGCCAAUGUUGUGAGCCCCAUCAGUGUGAAGCCUGUGAAAAAUGGCAAAUAAUGACCCUUACAGGAACUGGAUGCUAUUGUGGCGGAAGCUGUUUUGGAGGGAUAACACUGCCUAAGACGGGUGGUUUCCUGCAGUUCACCAGGCGGCCACUAGAGGUGUGUACAAGUCAUGUUCCCUAAUGGUUAUGACUGACUGACUGAACGUUAUUAUGUUUUUAGAGGUGGUGAUUCAAGCUCAGGAGGGAUGGGGGAGAAUUUUGUAAAUGAUCUUAGCAGUAUGUUUUGUCUGACUGUCUCUCUCUCUCUAUUUGUGUGUGUGUGGUUUACUGCUGUAAGGACAGCAAUAAGAGCACUGUAAUGUUUUACCAAUAUUUUCAUACUUUUUUUGCUACAUUUAUUUUCUCAAAAUCAUUAAGACAUGUUGCCAUGUUGGGCCAGCAAUAAAAUAAAACACACUUUUCUCAGAUCAGA